AUGGCUCUCUCCAUCCGGGCAGCUACUAGGUCGACCUCCUCCCUCCGCCAAUUCAGAACAUCAGCAUUUGCAGGAAGAAACUUCACGACUCGAAGUACCGCACGAUGCUUGUACCCUAAAACUCAAGCUGUGAGCAGCAAUGCCAGAUCGAUUCGCAUGUUCUCGUGUUCUCAUGUUGUCCGGGAUCAGACCCAGACCGCCCCGAACGCCAAAGCAUACUUGGAGAGUGGAGUCAUAAAGGGAGCCAAAAAUCCAGUGGACGUCAAGAAGGUCUUGGUUAUAGGAAGUGGUGGUUUGAGCAUUGGACAAGCUGGAGAGUUCGAUUAUUCAGGAUCCCAAGCUUUGAAAGCAUUAAAAGAAGCAGGUGUCGCGUCUGUCCUGAUCAAUCCCAACAUUGCAACUAUCCAAACCGCCCACGUCCUUAGCGAUGAGGUGUAUUAUCUCCCGGUCACGCCAGAAUAUGUAACAUAUGUCAUUGAGCGGGAACGUCCUGAUGGCAUCUUCCUUACCUUUGGUGGUCAAACCGCUCUCAACUUGGGUGUGCAAAUGGAGAGAAUGGGUAUUUUCGAGCGUUACGGUGUAAAGGUCUUGGGCACUAGUAUUAAGACACUUGAGACUAGUGAAGACCGAGAUCUUUUUGCUAAAGCCCUGGGAGAGAUCAAUAUCCCUAUUGCUCAAUCCAUCGCCGUGUCGACCGUUGACGAAGCAUUGGAGGCUGCGAGAGGAAUUGGAUACCCAAUCAUCGUUCGAGCUGCCUACGCACUCGGUGGUCUUGGUUCCGGAUUCGCGAACAACGAAGAAGAACUUCGUAACAUGUCUGCGAGGUCCCUUACCUUGUCUCCUCAAAUUCUAGUGGAGAAAUCUUUGAAAGGAUGGAAGGAAUUGGAGUAUGAAGUGGUUAGGGACGCCUCAAAUAAUUGCAUUACUGUAUGCAACAUGGAAAAUUUCGAUCCCUUGGGUAUCCACACUGGCGAUUCUAUCGUCGUCGCACCUAGUCAGACAUUGUCGGAUGAAGAGUACCACAUGCUUCGUUCUGCCGCAAUCAAGAUUGUAAGGCACUUGGGAGUCGUUGGGGAGUGUAAUGUUCAAUACGCCUUGCAACCAGAUGGGCUUGACUACCGUGUUAUCGAGGUUAAUGCCCGUCUUUCUCGUUCAUCCGCCCUAGCAUCAAAGGCUACAGGCUACCCCCUCGCAUACACAGCAGCUAAAAUUGGACUUGGGCACACAUUACCGGAGCUUCCCAACGCCGUUACGAAGACCACUACGGCAAACUUUGAGCCCUCGCUAGACUAUGUCGUGACCAAAAUUCCUCGAUGGGAUUUGGCCAAGUUCCAGCACGUCAAGCGUGACAUUGGUAGCGCUAUGAAGUCGGUCGGUGAAGUCAUGGCUAUUGGUCGCACGUUCGAGGAGUCGAUUCAAAAGGCCAUCCGCCAAGUCGAUCCUCGGUUCAUUGGCUUCCAAGGGGACAAGUUCGAUGAUCUUGACUACGAACUGGCAAACCCAACAGAUCGUCGCUGGUUGGCAGUUGGGCAGGCCAUGCUUCAUGAGAACUACACCGUUGAUCGAAUCCAUGACUUGACCAAAAUUGACAAAUGGUUCUUGCACAAAUUGCAGAACAUCGUCGAUUGUACUCAUGAGCUCGAGGACAUAGGAAGUCUCUUUGGCGUUCAGAAGGAGCUCAUGUCCAAGGCAAAGAAAUUGGGGUUCUCAGAUCGCCAGAUUGCCAAGGCUGUUGGGUGCUCCGAGGAUGAAGUGAGAGCUCGCCGAAAGAACUUUGGGAUUACUCCAUUUGUGAAGAGGAUUGACACUCUAGCAGCUGAGUUUCCAGCUAACACGAACUAUCUUUACGUGAGUAAAAACAUCUCUUUUCUUCCCAGAUAUAAACUCCCCUUCCCCAUUUCAAAGGUAAGUAUAGAAAUUAAGCGAGACCCCCGACUGGUCGGGGGUCUCAAAAGACGUACCUGCCGUACGAAAGUGUCGUUCCGCAACAACACCAUCAACGCUCCUUCCCUCUGGAAACGUCUUCCCUAUGGAAAUCAAACACUAUGGAUUUCUUCUUCCCCGCUUCUACUUCUCUUUCAUCUUCACAACAACAACAACGACAACCUCCGGCCUCCUCCUCCAGCAGCUGUUUUGUGCUAUUUCAACAGUUGGUACUCAUCGACACUGUCGUCAAUCCCUGGUAUAACCGGUCCUACCGAUUUGGACGUCGACCUAGAACGUAAGUCCGCCCUCAUUAUUGCACACUGCGGAAUUGAUGAUUGA